AUGGCCGCCUCCGUAACAGGAUUAUUAAAACCUUGGAUACCUAGAGUGCUGCUGGUGCGAUGGAGCAGGUACAACCCGUAUUAUCUGGAGCCAGAGGUGAGGAAAGAAGCCUACAGCCGUGCAGAGACAGAGAUAAGCGCAGAGGAGAAGGAGCAGCGGGACCUCAAAGCGAUCAGGCCGAUCAAAGCUGCACCCAGCGGCCUCUCCAGCUCUGUGUAUGAUGAUCCUGUCAUCAGUAAAUUCAUCAACAUGAUAAUGACAAACGGGGAGAAGGUUUUGGCCAGAGCCAUUGUGACAGAUACUUUAGAGCAAAUAAAGAGGAAACAGGUGGAGAAGUAUCACAAAGCCCCAACGGGAAAGAAGGAAGAGAUUGAGUGCAAUCCUUACACCAUCUUCCAUCAGGCGCUUGAGAACUGUAAGCCUGUGGUGGGACUGGCCAGCAUACAAAAGGGUGGAAAGUUUUACCAGGUGCCCAUACCCCUCACAGAUAACAGGCGAAGGUUUCUUGCCAUGAAGUGGAUGAUAACUGAAUGCAGAGAGAACAAGCACAGGCGAACCCACAUGUACGAGAAACUUUCACAGGAACUUUUGGCUGCAUAUGACAAAGAAGGAAAUGUAAUAAAGAAGAAAUAUGAACUACACAAAAUGGCAGAAGCAAACAGGGCGUAUGCCCAUUAUCGCUGGUGGUGA